AAUUAUCGCGUACCUAUAAGCGCACGCGUAACAAGCUGCACAGUCGUCGUAGAAUGCUGUCCGCCGCUGGCUCGGCGACAGUGCCGUAGCUCUAGCUGUGGCUACGCACAGUAUAUAUGGAAGUACCUACCAACUCUCGCUGACUGAGCCCUUGAUAUCUAGCGAUUUCUUCGCGGACUGUACGUCCGUAACAAUUUCGGUGCCAAAGACACGGACCAAAAGCUGCAACAACAGUAUGUACGGACUGCUGUUCAACAUUCUGAGGGAGACUGUCAUAGGAGAAUAUGGACCACACUACUGGAAAGAGAUUUGUGAAAGGAGUGAGAUGAUGGCAAUGGAGGGAGAAGUCGUGGCAAAGCAGCUGUACAGCGAAGAGCAAAUGACGACUCUUCUUUCAACAACAGCAGACGUUCUAGGAGUUGAAGAGGAGCCAAUUCUUGAACUGUGUGGGGAGCAGUUCUUCCGCAAUAUCAAGCACUCGGGCCACUACAAAGUGGUUUCGUGCCUCGGCCACACACUCGAGGGAUUUCUCCUGAAUCUCGACACUCUACACGACCACCUCACUCUCGCCUAUCCCAAGAUGAAACCCCUGUCUUUCAGGGCAGAGACGACACAAAACGGACUACUUCUUCACUACUACUCCACUCGCAGGGGGCUCUACCCAAUGGUCAUAGGGAUGGUGAGAAUGAUAGCCAAAGAGUUCUACAAACUGGUGGUCGAGAUUCACCUUGAAGAUGAGGAAGUUGCGGAGAGCUCACCACUGCCGUACCACUAUAAGCUGGCAAUUGAGAUGGUGGAGGGAAGGAAGGAUUGUGGAGCUAUUGGAAGAUUAAGAGGAAACAGUGUAGUCCCGGAGAUAAUCUCUCUCCCUUCGUCGAGAACUUCGUUCAACGACCCAGUACCUAACCUGUCUCCAGAUUCUCCUCUUCUCAUCCCUCCCCAGCUCACACUGUCUCGGGGUAAAGAGGAACGCUCGCAGAGCACCGGCCAAAUCCUACGAGAGAGAUCUGGCGGGCACACUUUCCCCGUGGGAUUAACCCCCGGCGUAAUUGCCGAUCUGUCGCGGCUCUGCCCGGCCCUGUCGGACGUUCAGGAGGAAGAGGAGAAGGAGGAGGUUGACAACGAUGCGGGGGAAGAAGAAUGCGACGCGGGAGACACUGAGAUUACACCCAUGGCUCCUCGGCGGCCUUCUCCCUGCAUCUCCUCAUCGCCUCUCGGCUCCCCCAUCCCUCGUCGCAUAAUACCUCUCUCCAACAGCGACGAAGCGGUCGCCUCUUUACUCCGUCGCGGUAGCAGUCACUCUUCUCUCAUCCUCCCUCCCUCCCUCCUCCCCACUCUCACCACCUCCACUUCCAAACUGUCUCUCGCAGCUUCGCGAACCGAUUCGGCCAUGGGGAUGGACCACGGUUGGCCCGUCACGAAAAGCCUAUUCCAAAUCUGUUUUCCUUUCCACAUUAUUUUCGACCAAACACUCACCAUCCACUACAUGGGGGCGUCAAUAUCUCGCCUUCUUCCAAACGCAAUCGCGAAAGAGGAAAAACUGACCGACCAUUUUAAUCUCAUGCGCCCCAUUGGAACAUUCAACUACCAAGCGAUUCGCAGAAGCAUACACAAUCCGUUUAUCCUCGUUCUAAAACCAUCUCCGGAGGACCUCGACAAGAAAGCUCUUCAGUUUCGCGGGCAAAUGGUCCCCGUAAUAAACUCUGAUUCCUGCCCCAUAUUGUUUAUCGGUUCGCCGCGGAUCGAAACGGUCGAAGACCUGCAACUGAAGGGACUGUACCUGACAGAUCUUCCGGUACACGACGUCACCAGGGAGCUGAUUCUGAUGAGUCAUCACUUCAAGGCAGAGGUGAACGUAGCGUUUCAGUUGGAGGUGACGAAACGAGAGCUGGAAAUAGAGAAGAGGAGAGUGCAAGAGGAGAAACAGCGAGCCGAUACGCUGCUCCACGCCAUGUUGCCGCCCUCCGUUGCCAUGGAGUUAACGACCGGGGGCGGGUGUAAUCAAGUGGUGGCACAGGAGGUGGAAAUGGUGACCAUCUUGUUCAGCGACAUCAAGGAUUUUACGACCAUCUGCCACAGAUGUAACCCGAUGGAUGUGGUGAGCAUGCUGAAUGAACUCUACACCCAGUUUGAUGGAUCAAUUGACAGACACAAAGUCUACAAGGUUGAGACAAUAGGAGAUGCGUACAUGGUGGCAGCUGGGUUGCUAGACACCAGUCAACAACAUGCAGAGGCCGUCACCAACAUGGCGUUCGACAUGAGGCGGGCUGCAGCUCUCGUGACCACGCCCCAUUCUAACGAAAGCAUUCAGAUUCGAAUUGGGAUCCACACUGGUCACGUGGUAGCCGGAGUAGUGGGUACAAAGAUGCCCCGCUACUGUCUGUUUGGUGACACCGUCAACACGGCCAGUCGCAUGGAGAGCCACGGAGCAGCCGGCCGCAUCCACAUCAGCCAGAUGACAUACAAGAGAUUGUGUGGACAUCCGUACGUGUUUUGGAAUCGAGGCAAAAUACGCAUCAAGGGCAUCCCAGAGCUCCAACAGACGUACUUUGUGGAGCCCGGCGAGGAACACGAGCUGAACGAAGCCAUGACCAUCCGCGUGGGGCUGGACAACAAGACGGAAGACUCCGACUCAGACUGGGAGGAAGCGCAGGUGGAGUCGAAUGCCUUCGUGCGGCAGAAACGCCUCCCGUCUUUCGUCCGGUACAGAAACAUACGCGUCAUUCACGAUCCUCCGUCGCCGAUUCACUCCCUCGAUACGUCUCUGGCCAGUCUCAACAGUACCAGCAGUUCACUGCUGCGAUUGCCAGGCAUUCGGAGACCCAGAAAGACCUCAGUGACCACACCUCCAAAGAGAUCAAUCUCGCCGAGGCCGACCCACCCGUCCAUAACGAGAGAGAGGCUCGCAAAGCUCUCCCUUGGUUCCAGAGGCUCCUUCUCCCUCUCACAGGGCCUCUCGAGUUUUCUCGAACAGGAAGAGGGGAACUAUCGCGAGAUGGGUAUAGAUCUACCGCCGCAUGCACAACUGACGGUCGACACUGCCAGCGAAAACUCGAGAAAACUCUCAAACAGCUCUGUGGGAGUGUUCAUAAAAGUCGAGCCCGAGGGAAAAUCUGUGACCUUCACAAAAGAACGCAUCUCUGUCUCUUCAUCAACGAGUCAGGAUGACGAAGAAGAAGAAGAGGCUGAGGAGGAGGAGGAGGAGGAGGAGGAGGGCCGUAUUAAAAUAGAGAAGACAUUGGGGAGUAAGUCAGAGAGCGAUCUACAAGCGGCGAUCAAAUCAAAGAAACGCAGACAAAAACAUCGCGGCAAUAAAAACAAGUGCAAAGUCAGCUAGCCUCACGAUUAGCUACUAUCUUUUCAGCUUCUCAAAUUUUUAUUUUUAUACACACACAGUGCCAUAAAAUAUUUUGACAUCAGCAGCAUAGGGCAUAUAUAUAGCAAUAUAGGGUGGAAGUGAGAGGCUAAGUCAAGGCCAGUAAUCUGUCACACAAUCUUUCACAUUCCUCCAAUUCUGCUAUGAGACUUCUCGUCUCCGGCGAAAGAGACAACAGUGAACAGUCAAAUUCUUCGUUUUUGGAAGAUUUUUCAUCGUCGGACGGGGAAAAUAGUUCACCGGGGGAUGUUUUUCCUAUAGUAAUUGGCGGGGUUUCCGUGGUAAUUGGCGGGAAAGAAGAUGGAGGAGGAGAACAGGCAACAGUGUGUUUGCUUCUGAGUAGAGAUGGACUGAGGGCAGGAUCGAUAGAUGGUGACUUAUUAGAAUGCAACACUUGAGGAGUAGAGGCAACAGUAGUUAGUAAUGAGGGACUCGGGGUUUGAGGGUCCAUAGAUGGUGACUUAUUGGAACUCAAAACUGGAGUAUGGGGCACUGUUGUGAGUAGAGAGGGACUGGGGGUAGUUGCAGUAGCUGGUGACUUUGAAGGAGUGGACGGUACAGUGCCGAGUAUAGAUGGACUGAAGCCAGGGUUGACAGCUGGUGACGUCUUAGAACUCAAAGAUAGAGCAUUCUUCCUACCGGUUUUCUUUCGUGGUGAAUUUGUAACUCUGUUCUCUUUGCCUCUCGCUCUCUCGCUCGCCUUCCGGCUGGAUUUCUCUCUGUCGACCGGCUUUCUCGUGUGCCAGUUUUCUUCCCAGGUUGCGGUUGAUGAAAAAUCGACCGAAUCAGAGCUGUUGUCAUCGUGUAGUUCUCUGAGCGGUGCUUUUCUUCGUACACCCGUGCUGAAAGCGGUGGCCGGGACCUUAUUGUUCCUCAGUUUCUCCUCCUGAAGUUUAGCCAGUGGGACUUGUUCCUUUCUCUUUCCGUCUCUUUCUCCGCGGUAGGCCGUUAGCGAUGUGAGUGAAGGCUUCAGAAUCUUGCCGUGCACUGGGAUAAAGUCUCGUAUGUCUCGAUUUCGCUUCCUUCGACUUGCCAGCCACUUCUUUUCACAGUCAUCUGUCGCCGCCAUAAGAUGAUGCUUCGAAGUUUCGCGCGCCCGCGAAAA